AUGAUUGUAAUUAAGACAGAAGAACUUAAUUAUCUAAUUUAUACCUACUUUUUAGAAUAAGGUUAUUCACAUAGUGCUUUUGCUUUGAUUAAUGAAGUGAAAAUAGAUUAACUAAUUUAUCGUGAUGAUGUUAAGCCAGGUCAACUGAUUAAUUUAUUAGAGAAAGCUUUGUUAUUUUAAUAAUUACAAGAUCAUAUUCAGAUCAAUUAAUAUUAUGAAUGCAAAGUGCCAUAAUUACUAAUAUAAAAACAUGUUUGUUAAUUUACUGAGAAAAAACAAUUAGCUGAGAAAUAAGAAAGGCGAGAUCGUGAAAUAAUGAUUCAGAAUGCAUUGAUGAGAAGUUAAGAAUUUGCAUCUCGUAAUGGAUAAACUAUGGAUUUAAAUAUUGAAUUAUAAUAGGACAUAAUACAAUUAUAAGAUGAAAUCUUAUUGAGUGAUUGGAAUGCAUAAAAAAACAUUUUAGCAAUAUAUCAACUUAAUUGCAUAAAAUUCAUCUAAAACAAUUAAAUAAUACAAAUUAUGCCAACUGUUGUAGGUGAAAGCUUUUCUAGAGUCAAAUUAAUGAAAUUUGAUAGAUCGAGCGGUAAUAAUAUGCUAAUUGUAUAUGAAAAUGGCGCUGCAAAAGUAAUAGAUACAACAAUUCAAAUAAUUAAAAUGUUCAACAUCAAAAAUUCAAGUAAAUUAUUAGAUUUUCAUUGGAAUCUAAAUUGGCCUAAUGUUGUUGCUCUCAUUUUUGAAAAGGAUAUUGAAGUAUAUAUAUAUUUUUAAUACAUAUUUUUAGAUAGUAGAUAUAUAUAAAUGCUAAACUUUGAAGUAUUUAGAAAAUGUGAUUCAUUUUGAAUGGAGACAUUUUGAUCACUUUAUUGUAAUGGAUUAUAAUUAUUACAUAAAUUUAAUGUAAAUUGAUAUUGACAAACCAUAAUUAUAAUUAAAAGCAGAAUUAGAAACUACUUUAAUUGAAUUCAAUAAAAGAAAAACAUUAUUAGCAUCAUUUUCAAGCACUUUAAAUAUUAUAAAAAUAUGGACUUUGUAAAAUGAUGAUUAUGUAUUUGAAAUUACAGAUGAUCAAAAAAUAUUGUAAUUUUGUUGGUGUUCUUCAUAAAAUGCCAAUUAUUUAAUCACAUUAACAUCUUAGACUCUUAAUAUAUGGGAUGUAGAAUUUGGAUAGAUCAAAUCUACUUAUGAAAUUGACUUUAAUGUAAUUAAUAUGGUUUCUAUGGAUUUAUUAAAUGACACACCGUAAGUAGUUUUAAUUGGUGAAAAAGUUGUGUUGUACGAUUUGAUAAAUAAAAAGAGAAGAGUUUUUAAUUGUGAUACCCCUAAUAAAGUACUACGCAUUAAUGAUGAAGAGAUUUUGUUCAUAUUUAGGAGUAGUUACAUUGUUUACAAAAAAAAUUGA